GUAAUAUUUAUAGAUAAAUGCGAAUAUUACUUUGUUUCACUGUUUCUCGGAUAUUUUGCACUGAUAGAUCAUGUAAAAAUGUCACCACUUUUUCGUAGAUAAAGAAUAGCUAUGAAGCUCUAAUUUUGCCAAAUGCCUAACGAAUUGAUAACCAAUGGCUAUGAAUCACUGGUAAACAUGAUAAAAACAUUAGUAUUUACACACUAAGCACGAGGAGUCAAACCUUAAGCAACAUGAACCAGCAAAGGAAUGAACUGAUUUUCAAAUGGAUUCCCUUGAUCCUUGUGUUCUUUAUUCAAUUUAAGUGUGGAUCUGUAAAAGCUGGAAGAUAUCCAGGUUUUUAUCCUUAUGAUCAGAGAUAUUCUGACGUACAUAUAUCACCAGGAAGAGACUAUGAUUAUUUAUGUGAAACUCCAGACAAGCAACCUGGUGAGUGCAGAGCAUUACAUGAUUGUUGGACUUCAAGUUACGUAAAUAUCCAGCGGGCAUCAUGCCAAUUCUAUGGAAAUGUCGAGUUCUUUUGCUGCCCUUACCAAGAAACACACAAUCCCGAAUCUUCACCUCCAGUAAGGCAUGUCGUUCAGCCUAUAAAGAUAGAAACUAAUUCCCCCCUUAGAACACUUUUCAAUCCUUUGAAUGUUUUAGUAAAUAUUGUAGUACCCGGAUUGGGUUCUUUAAUCCACACAGGCGCAAGUACUGCUACUAAAGAAAGUUCAUCAUUAGAAAUACAGGUUGCAAAAGCUACUUCUUCCCAUACAACAAAAGUUACCAGCUUAAUUUCUACGGUUCCUGUUAGGAGUCAAAACCAUACUAAGCAAGCAGUGAGUGAUCAAAAGCUAUAUCCUACUAAAUCCACUACUUAUAGUUGGAAUCAGGCUACUGUAUAUCCAUUGAACACAAACCAAUCUAGAACAAGUUUAAAACCAUAUCCAACCAGGAAAAUAGUUUUACAUUGGCAUUUGAAUACUACAGUACAUACAACACCGAGUACUACAGUGCCAACUGCUCCAAGUAGAAGACCAAGAUCCACUGUAAACCCAAAUAGAGAAUUCGCUCAAGCAGCUUCAAACUGGAGCCUUAUUUCUGAAAAGCAAACAACACCAAGUUGGCUGACUCCUACUACAAGCACUAAAAGACAAACUGCUCCAAAUAGAAAACCACGAUCCACUGCAAAAUCAAGUAGAAAACCAGCGCAAGCAACUUCGAAUUGGAGUCUUAGUUCGGAAAAGCAAACAACACCAAGUAGGCAAACUCCAGCUAUAAGCAGUAUAAGGCACACUGUUCCAAGUAGAAGACCUAGAUCAACUAAACAAUCAAGUAGAAAACCCAUGCGAACAACUACAAACUGGAGCUUUAGUUCUGAAAAGCAAACACCAAGUUGGCAAACUCGUUCUUCAGGAAUAACAGCUUUUCAACCAGUUUUAUCUACGAGGACUACAAAAUUGCCUCAGGUGAUAUACUUUACAAGUAGGAAACCGCAAAGCAAUCCUGCUUCUCAACCAGCAGAAUUACAUCCUACUUCACAGCCAGCUGUUUGUGGGCGGCGAUUUCUUACAUCUAGCAGAAGCACGACUAGGCCAGAACUGCAGGCAUUCGUCCUCGGCGGAACUAAUUCCGAAGAUCAAGCAUGGCCCUGGAUGGCUUCAGUACACUCCUGGAAUCAAUUUGGUCUGAGUCGCUUCAUUUGUGGAGGAAGUUUAAUAACUUCACGUCAUAUUCUAACAGCAGCUCAUUGUUUUGACAACAAGAAUAGUGUCAUGAGGUACACAGCCAUCCUCGGAGUAACUAAUCUCACUUUGGUGUCUGACGAAGAAAGUGAAUUCAUCCAAGAGCAUCGACGCAUAACUAGAAUAAAACUCCAUGAUGAAUACAAGCAGAGAAUUUACUACCAUGACAUUGCAAUCAUCAUUUUAUCCGAAGAUGUCAUAUUAAACAGCAAAGUAUCAACUCUUUGUUUACCUACAACGCAGGAUCUGACGUCAAUGAAUCCUCAAACUCCGGCUACUGUAGCUGGAUGGGGUCACACUAGCUUCGGUGGAUUGAGUAGCAACGUUUUGCAAGAUGCCGAACUUCAAAUAAUAAAUUUUAAUCGGUGCCAAAACUCCUACGAUCGAUUUCGAACGAAAUCUCUACCACACGGAAUUACAUCUGAUAUGCUGUGUGCUGGAAAACCUGGAGGAAAAGGAGAUGCUUGUCAAGGAGAUUCAGGCGGUCCUUUAGUAGUGGAGAAAGGAAAAAAAUGGAUUCAGAUAGGCAUUGUAUCUUUCGGUUAUCAAUGUGGACUUGUUGAAUAUCCUGGUGUGUACACUAAAGUUUCAUCCUAUUUGACAUGGAUUCAGCGUAUUUUACAAGGAAAAGCAAGUAGUUUCAGUCGAAUCAGGUGCAAGUCUGAGUCUGGUCAUGCCGGUCUCUGUGUUGCAAAACGGUAUUGUAGAAUCCAAAACGUGAAGUUGUCACCUUGCAUGGCGCAUGAUCCAUCUCUUUACUGUUGCCCAUUUCCGACAGAUGGCGUUAAGGACUGGGAUGUUGAAGAUUCGUCGGUAAUUACUUAUCCCAGUGAUGAAGUCCUGGGAUCAAAAAAAAUUGCAUCAAGUGGAGAAAUUGAGUUGCAUGCCGGAAACGACAAGAUAGUAUUUCCAAACCCCGAUAAGAUAAUUCCUAAUUUUAAGCCUAGAAUUCCAACUACGACAUCCAUAAUUCCUCCAAAUAUUACUCCUGAAUCCAAUACAGUUCGAAGUAUUCUCAAUUCUGAAGAACAAAAAUCCUUGGAAAGAAACCCACAUGAGGUCUACGAUAGUUCUGAGAUUGAAAACCAUGAUACUGAAAUUCCGUUUAUAUUGAUCACUACAUCAAAAACCAUCGAAACAUCAAAAACUCUUACUCCGAUACCAAGAGAAAAUACUGAUGACAUCACUGAACUUUCGCUUGUUUCAUCUGAAGUCGCUGGUACACAGAGCUAUGGAACAAAAAAGGAUGAUGGCGUUGAGUCAUUUUUUUCAACUGUUUCAUCAAUCACGUUGAAUAAAUUGACAUUUGGACCUUUUGAUAGCCUUGAAACAAAUAGAGCUUCCGAACCAGCUUGUGGUCGUGCUCCUUACUCGCCAAAUAUUUCUGGAGGUACUGAAUCAAGAGCGAAUCAAUGGCCGUGGAUGGCUGCUAUAUUCCAAAGAUUUACUACAGCUAGACCAAAUAAGUUCUUGUGUGGAGGCUCACUUAUAAAUAGUCGCUAUAUUUUAACUGCUGCUCAUUGCUGUGUCAGUGGUACUACUGCCUCUCCAUUACCUGCAUCUUCUUUUCUUGUACAAUUGGGUUCAAGUGCAAUGCACAGAGGAGACAGUUUUUCCAUAGAGAAAGUUAAAGUGCAUAGCAACUUCUCAUUUACUGGUCAGUACAAUGACAUAGCACUCUUGAGCCUAGCGACUGGUCUAUCCUCAUACACUGACCGCAUUGCCCCCGUGUGUCUUCCUUACCCGACCCUUCAAGACGCUGAUUUGGUUGACCAUUUGGCUACAGUAGUAGGAUGGGGUGCUACUUUUUUAGGCGGAGAACAUCAAGAGAAUCUACUCGAAGUUACCGUGCCUAUAGUGUCGACAGACGACUGCGCCCUAGCCUAUUCCCGAAUAAAGAGCGCAGCUUUUUUGGCCAGAGGUUCAACUCAUGUGUUAUGUGCUGGCCUCAAAGAGGGUGGAAAAGACUCGUGCAAGAGUGAUUCUGGGGGUCCACUAAUGAUUCCAUUGAGUAAUGAUCGUUGGACUGUGAUUGGUAUCGUUUCAUUCGGUUACAGAUGUGCAGAGCCUGGGUUUCCUGGAGUCUACACAAGAGUCACCCACUAUUUAGAAUGGAUAUAUACCAAUACACAUGAUUUUGAUAAUACCAAACCAAAUUAAAAUCAAAAAUUUGUCAUAAUAUAUUUGAUUUCUUUUAAAGAAAAUAAAGAACUUUAGUUUCA